AACCAACAUUUCCCUGAGGACAGGGAAUGGAUGUAGGACCAGAAUCAGCCCAGAUAAUGUAUGUUGUGCCUCCUGGCUUUCAAAUAAACUCCUCCCACAUUUCCAAAGCUAAGAGGGAGAAGUUUCGCCUUCUCUGGUGAAUCCUACUUGCAUGCGGACAGGGAGCUGGCAGGACUGGAAGAAGAGGAGCAGCAAACAAGGAAAAGUGACCAUGGUAAAAACAGUAGCAGUGAUUGGAGCAGGAGUGAGUGGACUGGCAUCCAUCAAAUGCUGCCUAGAUGAAGGCCUGGAGCCCACCUGCUUUGAGAGGAGUGAUGGCAUUGGGGGACUGUGGCGGUUCACGGAGUCUGCAGAGGAAGGCAGAGCCAGUAUUUACCACUCUGUGUUCACCAACUCUUGCAAAGAAAUGAUGUGCUUUCCAGACUUCCCUUUCCCAGAGGAAUUCCCAAAUUACAUGCACAACUCCAAGCUUCAAGAAUAUAUCCAGUUGUAUGCCAAACACUUCAAUCUUGUCAAAUACAUAAAGUUUAAGACUCUUGUGAGUAAAAUUAGGAAACGCCCGGAUUACCCUGUUACUGGCCAAUGGGAAGUCGUAAUAGAAAAGGAUGGGAAGGUGGAAUCAGUCGUAUUUGAUGCUGUUAUGAUUUGCUCCGGACAUCAUGUCUAUCCGAAUAUUCCAAAGAAUAGCUUUCCUGGAAUAGAGAAGUUCAAGGGCAGAGUUUUCCACAGCCGGGAUUACAAGGGACCCGAAAAGUUCAAGGGGAAGAAAGUCCUGGUGAUUGGCCUUGGGAAUUCUGGCUGUGACAUUGCUGUGGAGCUGAGUGCCACAGCCUCGCAGGUUUAUCUCAGCUCUCGAAGUGGAUCCUGGGUCAUGAGUCGUGUUUGGGACAAUGGCUAUCCCUGGGACAUGGUGGUCAUCAGUCGCUUUGAAACCUUCCUCAAGAACACCCUCCCAACAGCCAUCAGUGACUGGUUGUAUGUGAAGCAAAUGAACAGAUGGUUCAAACAUGAGAAUUAUGGCCUGAUGCCACUUAAUAGAACCUCGCGCAAGGAGCCUGUCUUCAACGAUGACCUCCCGAGCCGCAUCGCAUGCGGAACCGUGGUUGUUAAGCCAAAUGUGAAGGAGUUCAGGGAAACGUCUGCGAUAUUUCAAGAUGGCACUGCACAGGAAGGCCUUGACUAUGUCAUUUUUGCAACGGGCUACAGCUUUGCCUACCCAUUCAUGGAGGACGAGUCCAUCAUCAAGUGCAGGAAUGACCAAGUCACCUUGUACAAAAGCAUUGUCCCUCCUCUGCUGGAAAAACCCACCCUGGCGGUUAUUGGCUUAGUCCAGUCCCUUGGGGCAGCUAUCCCAACUGCAGACCUUCAGGCCCGGUGGGCCGUGAGAGUGUUUAAAGGUUUAUGUAAGCUGCCUCCACAGAGCAGCAUGAUGGAUGACAUAGAUGAGAAAAUGGGGAAAAAGCUCAAAUGGUACGGCCAGAGCGAUACCAUACAAACAGAUUACGUUGUCUACAUGGAUGAACUCGCCUCCAGUAUUGGUGUGAAGCCCAACAUUCCAGUCCUCUUCCUGACGGAUCCCAAGUUGGCUCUGCAGGUCUAUUUUGGCCCCUGCAGUCCAUAUCAGUUUCGUUUGUCAGGACCAGGGAAGUGGGACGGAGCCAGAGACGCCAUCUUGACGCAGUGGGACCGAACGCUGAAGGCCACAAGAACCCGUGCCGUGAAGGGCGACCAGAAUUCUUUCCCGCUCUUUUCUAUGCUCAAAAUACUCGCCCUCCCCCUUCUCCUUCUUGCCAUUUUCAUGAUGUUCAACUGAGCGACCUCAGUGCCAAAAUAUACAUGACAGGAUGCCGUGUGGUUUUUAUUGAAAAAGCCGCAUUUUUAUUGAAGAUGUAAACUUUUUCAUGCAAGAGAGAGAAAAAAACCCCAACCCAAAGCAAGUAGCAUGCAUAAACGUAAGUGAAGCAUGGUAGGGGAGAUACAGAAAUCAGUGUGCAUGAUGUUAAACAUGAAGUCACAUAGGAAAGGCAUGAAAGAAGGGCUGACAACAGUAAUAGUCAUAAUAAUAAUAAUAGUAGUAGUAAUAAAUAAGGCAUCCCUCCCACCUCCCCACAGCCUUACUUGUCAAGUACUUUUCCCCCUGCUCAAAACAUUCCUAGCUGGUCUGAGGAGAAAAGGAUUCGAGGACAGAAGCUGCUCAAAGGUAAAUCAUUGACGGGGAGUCUGUAUUCCCCAUUAUUUUACAUUUAUUCUCAUGCAUGCGAGCUGGAGAGACAGCUCUCAGUUGAACUGAUUCAAGCAACUCCCCAUUUUACGCAAUUUCGCACACAUACUCAAAAUGCUUUUGCCUUGUUUCUCUGUAGCCUUUCUCUGUUUAAGCCUUGUUCCUCUCUGGUACCGACAGAUAACUUGUCAGAAAAGUGGCAGCAUCUUAGAUUUAUAGCAGGUAUAAAAUGUCAGCGUGCCACAGAGAACAAACAUGAACUAUUCCAUCCUUUGGGGGUUGCCAGCUUUCCAUAUUUUAUCUGACCAUUCCAUAUGGGCUGAACAUCCUGUCUCCAUUUGGAGAACUAUUUGUCCCUUGUGGAAGAGAUAUUUUCGGGAGUUGGGAAGGGCAAAUUUUAAGAAUUUGAGGAGAAAGGCUCGUGCUUUGACCUACAAAAUGGCUGAGGUUAUUCUACCAGAGAAGAAGAUGCAGCCUUGGCACAACUUCAAGCAGCUGUGUGGGCGCUCCAGCCACAUUUCUGGGGCAGAAUUCUCCUUGGAGUGGUACCACAAUAUGCCAUAGCAUAAUUCCCAGGGGUAUUAUUGGGGGUAGAGCUGUCCCCGAAACCAGCUCAACAACAUGGCCAGAGGAGCUGAGUUGCCACAAAGUAGUGAUAAGGCUUUUGUGUAGCUAAAUAAAGAAGGGGGGCAGGACUCUCAGCUACCUCAUAUUUUAAAACACAUCCACCCACUGCCCACAGAUGCUUCAAAUCUGCCCACUCAUCUCCCAAGAUCACUGUAAUUCAUGGAGGGCAUAUUCUCCCCACCCCAAAAACUAAUGCAAUAAUGCUAUGCCAAAUAUUCUGGGGCCUGAAUACUGCUACACAGCACCCCAGUGUCCGAGCGGUGCAAGGUUUGGGGGGGUUUCAGGUGCACUUAAAAGGGUCUGAGUUUCCUUUCGGACAGUGAGGCACAGUGAAGACUGGUGUCUUAAUGGUAUAUACAGCAUUCACAUCCCAAGAGGGGAUGUAUAAGCACAUUGUUGGAUUCAAAGAGCAGCAGAAAGCCACACUCUGUCAUGAAGUUGUAGCAAAGUUCUUGGGCAGACUCAAAAAUACCAAUAAAUCACUGCUGGCAUGGAAA